AUUCUUUAUCUGCAACUAAAUUACGAGCUAUUCUUCAAAAACAAUUUCCAGUUAUCAACCUUCCUCAAGAUGUGAUUUUUGAAUAUAAUACAUUUCAAAGUCUUACACAUUAUUUAACAAAAGAAUUAUUAAAAAAUAUCAACUCUCCACAAAGCCAAAAUAUUGAAGAUGGCUACGAAGCAAAAUUACAGGCUCUUAAAAAGGAAGUGAGCUCAUAUAUUCAAAAGUACAGUGCGACUGAUAAAUUUCCUCCUGUGGGUGACUUUAAUAAAAUUAAUAAAAUUGUAUAUGAAAAAAAUGGUGAAACGGUUCUUAUGACGGGAGUUACUGGAUCCCUUGGCUCUUUUAUUCUCCGUGAUUUAUUAAACAAUCCAAAUGUGCUUAAAGUUUACUGUUUGGUAAGAGCUUCAGAUAAAGAUUAUGGAUGGUCUCGAUUAAAAGAUUCAUUUGAACAACGUCAUUUAGAUACUUCAUUAUUAUCUAAAGAACGUAUUAUUAUUUUACCAAGUGAUUUGGGCGAUCCAAAAUUUGGGCAAACCAAAAAAAUUUAUUCAAAACUUGUCCAAGAAGUAACACAAAUUUACCACGUCGCUUGGAGAUUGGAUUUUAAUAGUAAAAUUGAAGCUUUUGAGCGUGAAUGUAUUGCUGGAACUGUUCAUCUUCUUAUGCUCGUCCGUGAAGCAUAUAAUCAUCAUCAAAACGUUCAUUUUAAUUUUACAUCAAGUAUUAGCACAACUAUUGGAUCAAAAACUAAUGUUAAAGAAGAUGAAUUACCUCAUGAUAUUUCAAAUGCAAUGCUUAAUGGAUACAGUUUAUCAAAAUUCAUUACUGAAAAUGUAUGUGCUGAAUGGUCGCGAAAAAUUGGGUUUAAACUUGAUAUUCAUCGUGUUGGACAAGUUAGUGGAGAUUCAGUUACGGGAGUUUGGAAUACUCGAGAACAUAUUCCACUUAUGAUAAAAGGUGCACAAGUUAUGAAAAUUAUGCCGACUUCAUAUUCCUCAAUUGUUGAUUGGAUUCCUGUUGAUGUUGCAUCUCAAAGUAUCGUUGACAUUUCCUUGAAUAAAUCUUUCGAUGGUGAUUAUGUUCGAGUUAAUCAUAUACUUAAUCCGAAGAAAACCACAUGGGGUGAAUUCUUGAAAUCUUUACAACAAAGCGGAAUAGACUUUAGAAUUGUUUCGAAUAAAGAAUGGUUAAAUACAUUAUUAACGACACCUGAAUAUCAAAAUGUGGAUAAAAAUCCAGUAGCCGCAUUAUCGGGAUUCUUUGAAAAGGUUAUGAGCGAAUCAUCAUAUGAGA